AUGAACAAAGCCAGAGCCAUGCUCGAUGCCCUCAUGGGGCCAAAUCGCGACGAGAAGGAAGUCGACAAAGCAAAAGCGUAUGUAAAAGUUUUCUCAUCGGGCUUUGCCCGCUUGAUCGAGCUUACCUGGGCGGCUCCGCAGCUGCAUGUGAGAUCGCGCGGAAGCAUGCCAGAACUCAUGUUCAAUGAUACCAUCGUGGCCCUGUCCAUUUCAUGCACUCGAGCGCCAGUCCAAGCCAGUGGAUGCACGGAUACAGCAUGGUUGAGGUUCAUCACGCACCCCGAUGCUGAUGAGCUGAGACGUCGGUAUGAAGCAGACACGCUUCCCAGUUUGGAGUUUGUCGUGCGAGAGUGCGAAGCACGAAUCGCGGACGAGAAGGGGCGGAUCCGAGAUGACUGGGGCAGGAGAAGACCUCCGUUGCCCGUUCCUGUCAUCGACAAGCUCUCCGCAAUGAAGCGGGAGAGCUCCGCCAAAGUGUCGACCCGAGGCCUGGACGACGACAAGUUUCAGGAGAAGGCUCGCUUGAUGGCCGAGGCCGAAGACCUCACAAAGGAGGCAGCCGCAGUCGAGGAGGAGGAGACAAAGAAGGCGAUUGCGGCUGCUGUUCCUGAAGAAGUUUGUGACAUCUGCGGCACCUGCUACCAGGGCGCUGCUGCUGAUGCGGCCCACAAGCAGUUCAAGAUACACAACUCCUACCAGGAGAUUCGAAAUAAGCUGGACGAGCUGAAGCCCCGAGUAGACGAGUGGCGUAAGGGCCGCCAAGAUCAGGAUCCGAAGGCCGAGCGCUCCGAGAAGCGGAGCCGAAAGGCCGAAGACCCGGAACCGGCGCAGCGGGACCGGAGCCGUCGAGGCAGUGCUGGGCCAAACGCAGAAAGGAGACUUGGGGACUGA